AUGUCCAAGGGGAAGUUGGCCUGUACCACUUUGCCCUGCCGUAAGGCGGGGGUCGGUACUAAGGACCCGGGUCGGGAAAAGGAGAUAGAGGCAGCCCCGAAGCGAAAGGCCCGGGUUCCUGGAGUGGACCGGAGCACAGGGGGCCGCGGCCUUUGCUGCCGGCCCCGGGAGGCCGCGCGGUCGCUAGAACCCGGAAAGCUGCGCGCCACGCGGCGGGGCACGGUGGCGGCGAGCCUGGCGGGGACCGCCUGGGUCGCCGGACCCCAGGAACCGAGCCGGUUCCUGCCGCCGUGUGACGCGGGGCUGGCCCCGGGGGCCUCCGGAACGAGGCGGUGCGUGUCGCCCAGUCGCCUGCUACUUGUAAGAGAGGUCGCCAAGGGAGCCGGACGCAGUCAGCAGAUCCGGAAGUUGAUCAAAGAUGGGCUGAUCAUCCGCAAGCCUGUGACUGUCCAUUCUCGGGCACGAUGCCGGAAGAACACGUUGGCUCGCCGAAAGGGCAGACACAUGGGCAUCGGUAAGCGGAAGGGUACAGCCAACGCCCGAAUGCCGGAGAAGGUGACCUGGAUGCGCAGAAUGCGGAUCCUGCGCAGGCUGCUCCGGAGAUACCGGGAAUCUAAGAAGAUCGACCGGCAUAUGUAUCACAGCCUGUACCUGAAGGUGAAGGGGAAUGUGUUCAAGAACAAGCGGAUCCUCAUGGAGCACAUCCACAAGCUGAAAGCGGACAAGGCCCGCAAAAAGCUCCUGGCUGACCAGGCCGAGGCUCGCAGAUCGAAGACCAAGGAAGCGCGCAAGCGCCGUGAGGAGCGCCUGCAAGCCAAGAAGGAAGAGAUCAUCAAGACCCUGUCCAAGGAGGAAGAGACGAAGAAGUAGUGCUCUGCGUGUACAGAGAACGGACAGGUCCCAAAUUAAAGAGCUCUUGGCCUUUCCUCUGGGGCCUGCGCAGC